AUGUCCGUUAAGGACAGAACAUAUGUACAGAUGGCGGAUAACGAUGAUCUUCUGGAUUAUGAAGAUGAAGAACAGACUGAGCAAGUGGUCGACGGAAGCGGAGAUGUUCCUGCUAAGAAGGAAGUAAAGGGCACAUAUGUCUCUAUUCACAGUAGUGGAUUCAGAGAUUUCCUUCUUAAGCCAGAGAUUCUUCGUGCUAUCGUCGACUGUGGCUUCGAACAUCCAUCCGAAGUACAACACGAAUGUAUUCCUCAAGCAGUUCUUGGCAUGGAUAUCCUGUGCCAAGCAAAAUCGGGUAUGGGGAAAACUGCUGUGUUUGUGUUAGCUACUCUUCAACAGUUGGAGCUGACGGAGAAUCAAGUCUAUGUCCUAGUAAUGUGUCAUACUCGUGAACUGGCUUUUCAGAUUAGUAAGGAAUACGAGAGGUUUAGCAAAUACAUGUCACAUGUAAAAGUUGGUGUGUUUUUCGGCGGUUUACCUAUUCAAAAAGAUGAAGAAGUCUUAAAGACCGUAUGUCCUCAUAUCGUUGUCGGCACUCCGGGUCGUAUCCUUGCUCUUGUACGGAACAAGAAACUCAAUCUAAAACACCUGAAACAUUUUAUUCUUGAUGAAUGCGACAAAAUGCUGGAGUUAUUAGAUAUGCGCCGAGACGUACAGGAAAUAUUCAGGAGCACUCCGCACAGUAAGCAAGUCAUGAUGUUCAGUGCCACGCUGUCCAAGGAGAUACGUCCUGUCUGCAAAAAGUUUAUGCAAGAUCCCAUGGAGGUCUAUGUCGACGACGAAGCAAAGCUCACCUUGAAUGGUCUCCAGCAACAUUACGUUAAAUUGAAGGAGAACGAGAAGAACAAGAAGUUAUUUGAACUACUCGAUGUUCUUGAAUUUAAUCAGGUUGUCAUAUUUGUGAAGUCUGUACAAAGAUGUAUGGCUUUAGCGCAACUAUUGACGGAACAGAAUUUUCCUGCAAUUGGAAUUCACCGCGGCAUGACGCAAGAAGAGCGACUGUCCAGAUAUCAACAGUUCAAAGAUUUUCAAAAACGUAUAUUGGUGGCGACGAACUUGUUUGGACGAGGUAUGGAUAUAGAACGUGUAAACAUUGUAUUCAACUAUGAUAUGCCAGAAGACUCCGACACAUAUCUGCAUAGAGUGGCACGCGCUGGUCGUUUUGGUACAAAGGGUCUUGCCAUCACAUUAGUAAGCGAUGAAAGCGAUGCUAAGAUUUUGAAUGAUGUUCAAGAAAGGUUUGACGUAAAUAUCACAGAAUUACCGGACGAAAUUGAUCUAGCUUCAUACAGUAAGUUUCACUUU